GGGAAAAGGGCAGGAAAACUGGGGAAAAGAAUGGGAAAACGUGAGAGGAAAAGAGCAGGAAAACGUGAGGGGAAGAAGGGGGAAAAACCUGAGAGAAUGGGAAGGAGAAGAGCUGAGAAAGCUGCAGAAAGAAGGUGAAGGGAAAUGGGGAAUGAAAAGGGACAAAGUGUAAGGACACAGGAGAAAAAAGUGUAAAAAGAGGGUGUUGGUGACUGAAAACGGAGCAAGAGGGGAAAGGACUGAGAGGGAAAUGAGGGGCAGAAAUGGAAGGGACAGAGGCAGCGGGAACUGGAGGAAGCAGGUGACAGGAAUGGGAGAAACCCUGGAGGAAAGAGAUAAGGAGGGAGAAAUGGUGAAACAUGACAGAAAAUGUGGGGCUGAGGGUGGAAAAAGGGGAAUGAAGAGGAUGACAAGGUGACAGGGGGGGACAAGCCCACUAUCAUCAUCCCCCAUGUACCCCUAUGUCCCCACCGUGUCCCUCCAGGCUGCAGUAAUGGACCCAGACCCACGCAGUGAGGGGCUCUACGGCCGAGACCCCCCAAGACCACCGUGUGUCCCAGUGUCCCCCCGCCCCAGGGACAAGGCAGUCUCAGGUGUCCCCAAGAGAGGCAGUGGCCCUGUGUCCUGCCCAGUUCCCCCCUCGGGUCCCCCUGGGGGGACCCGACAGCUGGACGGGCUGCUGAGGCAGGUGCACAGCCUGAAGGUCCGUGAGGCCACAACAGAGGAGCUGGCGAGGGCACGAGACCGCAGUGAGGAGUUGCGCCAGGAGCUGGAGCAGCUGGAACAGCAAAAGGAGGCACUGGAGAGGACCUGGCAGCAGGUGCAGGGGGGUGGGACCCCCUCACAGAGGGACCCCCCUGCCACCCCCCCAGAGUCACUGCAGAGAGCGCAGCUGCAAGGGAAGGAGGUGGAUGCCAAAGGUCAGAGGCGCUGUGGGCUCUGCCUGGAGCAGCAGCAGGACCUGGAAGGGACAAAGCAGCAGUGGGAGCAGCUGAAAAACCUGUGCCGGGAACAGAGGUGGCAGUACUGCCAGCAGCUUGAGGCCAUCAGGGAGGAGCUCAAGCACCUGCGUGUCACACAUGCUCCAGCCAACCUGAAGGCCGAACUGGCAAAGCUGGAGAAGAUGAAGGAGAAGUGGCUGAGCUUGGAGCGCCAUUUGAUGGACACCGAGGAGCAGCUGGGCCCAGAGGGAGCUGUGCUCUGGCGAUUGGUUCAGCAGGAGCAGGAGUGGGCGGAGCGACAGCUGGAGGUGGAGAUGGGCCGGCAGCAGCUGAGCCUGCAACGCCGUGACAGGUUGGCAGAGGAGUUGCAGCAGCUGCAGCACUCCCAGGAGGCUCGCCCAGAGUGACAGGGGACGAGAUGGACACACCCCAUGGGACACCUGUGGCGCCUGUGUGACACCUCCGUGUGUCACCUGCGGGCCACCUGUGUCCUGCCAUGUUCUCAUGUACCCCAUUCCCCAUUGGGCUCCCCACCAUGUCCCCCAUGUCCCCAGUUUCCCCCCAUGUCCCCUCAAUGUCUCCCAUGUUCCCCCACAUCCCCGAUGUCCCUCAUGUCCCCAAUAAAUGUUCUGCCACCA